GCAAGCCUCGGGGCCCCACAGAAUGCUGCGGGUUUUCAUCCUCCAGGCGCAGCAGGUCCAGACUCCGGACGCGGACGUCAGCGAUGCUUAUUGCUCCGUGGUGUUCGAAGGUGUGAAAAAGAGAACCAAGGUGAUCAAGAACAACACCAACCCUGUAUGGAACGAGGGCUUUGAAUGGGACCUGAAAGGGAUUCCACUAGACCAGAAUGCGGAACUUCACGUCGUCGUCAAAGACCAUGAGACCAUGGGCAGAAACAGGUUCCUGGGCGAAGCCCACGUGCCCCUGCGAGACGUCCUGGCUUCUCCCAACCUAGCCGCCAGCUUCAAUGCCCCUUUGCUGGAUGCUAAGAGGCAGAGCACAGGGGCAUGUCUGAUCCUGCAAGUCUCCUAUAUUCCACCUCCUGGGGCUGCUCCUUUGUUCCCCCCUCCUGCCCCUCCUGAGCCAAAUCCAACUCCCACGGAGCUGGACACAAUGACAGAUACGGCUGGAGAGGAAGAGGCUGAAGACCAGCUUGGGACCGGAGACGAAGCUGAGCCUUCCACUGGGCCUUCUGCCCCAGAUCAGCCCUCCUUUCCCAAGAAGCCUCCAUCACACAUCGUACAUGGGAUCAAGAGGAGGAAGACCACUUCUAAAAAGCUGCUCUCCAACAAACCCCAGGACUUCCAGAUCAGGGUGCGAGUCAUCGAAGGGAGGCAACUUCCGGGGGUCAACAUCAAACCUGUGGUGAAAGUCACAGCAGCUGGGCAGACAAGGAGAACCAGGAUCCGGAAAGGGAAUGGACCACUUUUCGAUGAGACCUUUUUCUUCAAUGUCUUUGAAUCCCCAAUGGAGCUUUUUGAUCAGCCCAUAUUCAUCACAGUGGUUGACUCUCGCUCGCUCCGGACGGACUCUGUCAUCGGGGAAUUCCGGAUGGAUGUUGGGACAAUUUAUGCUGAACCCAGGCACUGCUUCAUCCGGAAGUGGCUACUGCUUUCUGAUCCGGAGGAUUUUUCAGCUGGAGCUCGAGGCUACCUGAAGGUCAGCUUGUAUGUCCUGGGCUCUGGCGAUGAAGUGCCUAUGGAGAAGAAGGACACCGCAGAAGAGAAGGAAGACAUUGAGGGCAACAUUCUCCGGCCAACCGGGGUUUCUCUGAGAGGGGCCCACUUCUCCCUCAAGAUCUACCGAGCUGAAGACCUGCCCCAGAUGGACGAUGCCAUCAUGGACAGCGUCAAGCAGAUCUUUGGGUUUGAGAGCAGCAAGAAGAACCUGGUGGAUCCUUUCGUGGAAGUGACCUUUGCUGGAAAAAUGCUCUGCAGCAAGAUUGUGGAGAAAAACGCCAACCCCCAGUGGAACCAGAGCAUCACGCUGCCGGCCAUGUUUCCAUCCAUGUGUGAGAAGAUGAGGAUCCGGGUCGUUGACUGGGACCGCGUCACUCACAACGAUGUCAUCGGCACGAGCCACCUGUCCAUGUCCAAGAUCUCAGCUCCUGGAGGGGAACUGGAAGAUGACUUUCCUGCCCCUGAGAAGCCCUUCAAAGCCACAGACUUGGAUGAUGGGCUUGGUUUCUUGCCCACCUUUGGCCCAUGUUACGUCAACCUCUACGGCAGCCCAAGGGAGUUCACCGGAUUUCCAGACCCCUACGACGAGCUCAACACGGGCAAGGGAGAGGGCGUGGCUUACCGUGGCCGGCUGCUGGUAGAACUGGAGACCAAGCUGGUGGACCACGUUGAACAGAAGUUGGGGGAUAUCCCUGCUGAUGACAUCCUGCGUGUAGAGAAGUACCUGCGCAGGCGGAAGUUCUGCCUCUUCGCGGCCUUCUACUCGGCCACCAUGUUGCAGGACGUGGAUGAUGCCAUCCAAUUUGAGGUCAGCAUCGGUAACUAUGGCAACAAGUUUGACAACACCUGUCUGCCGCUGGCCUCCACCACCCAGUACAGCAGGGCUGUCUUUGACGGCUGUCAGUAUUACUACCUGCCUUGGGGCAACGUGAAGCCAGUGGUGGUGCUCUCCUCCUAUUGGGAAGACAUCAGUCACAGAACCGACGUGCAGAACCUGCUCUCCUGGGCUGUGGACCGGCUGGAAGCGAACCUGGAGCGAUUCCACCUCGCCCUGAAAGCCAAGCGCUCCACCAGCGACGUGGACACCCUCGUGGCUCAGUUGAUUGAUGAGAUCAUCGCGGACUGCAGUCAGCCGCUUGUCGACGUCACCCAGAAACCGUCCAGCACCCAUUUGGACCAUUACCUGUAUCGCUUCCGCACCACCAAUCUCAACCAGAUCGUCCAGGCGGCUCUGAGAUUGAAGCAUGAAGACUCUGACCUGCAGAUGGUCCUGGACCAGGCCGAAGACUGGCUGUGCAGGCUCAAGGCCAUGGUGGAGGAGCCGCAGAACAGCCUGCCGGACGUUGUGAUCUGGAUGCUUCAAGGGGACCGUCGUCUGGCGUACAGCCGGGUGCCUGCUCACGAGAUCCUUUUCUCCCGGAACGGAGCCAAUUGCUGUGGAAGGAACUGUGGGAAACUCCAGACGAUAUUCAUGAAAUGUCCUCAGGAAGAGGUCACGGGCUCCAGGAUUCCAGCCCAGAUCCGGGUUCGUCUGUGGCUCGGGCUAGGUGUGGAUGAGAAGGAAUUCAGCAAGGCGGCAGAGGGGAGGCUUUCGGUCUUUGCUGAAACGUACGAAAACCAGACCAAGCUAGCCUUGGUUGGGAACUGGGGCACUACCGGCCUGACCUACCCCAAGUACUCGGACGUCACCGGCAAGAUCAAACUGCCCAAGGACAGUUUCAGACCCUCCGCCGGCUGGGCCUGGGUUGGAGAAUGGUUUGUCAGCCCCGAGAAGACGCUCCUGCAUGAUGUGGAUGCCGGUCACAUGAGCUUCGUGGAGGAAGUCUUUGAGAACCAAGUCCGGCUUCCCGGCGGCCAGUGGAUCCACAUGCCCGAGGCCUACACAGACGUGAAUGGGGAGAAGACUCUGCCCAAGGAUGAGAUUGAGUGUCCUCUAGGAUGGAGAUGGGAAGACGUGGAGUGGGACACAGAUCUCAACCGAGCUGUUGACGAGAGAGGCUGGGAAUACGGCAUCACCAUCCCACCCGACCACAAGCCCAAGUGCUGGGUGCCCGCAGAGAAGAUGUACCACACUAACUGCCGUCGGCGCUGGGUGAGACUUCGCAGGAGAGAUCUUGCCCAGAUGGAGGCCCUGAGAAAGUUCAAACAGGAGGAAUUUGAAGGGGAGGGCUGGGAGUACGCCUCCCUCUUUGGCUGGAAGUUCCACAUGAAGUACCGCAAGACCGACUCCUUCCGCCGGCGGCGCUGGAGACGUCGGAUGGAGCCCCUGGAGCAGGCGGGCGCAGCAGCUGUGUUUGCCUUGGAAGGCGCCCUGGGCGGAGUGACAGAUGACAAGAGCGAUGACAGCAAAUCAGUGUCGACGCUCAACUUUGGUGUGAAUCGACCAACCAUUUCUUGCAUAUUUGACUAUGGAAACAGGUACCACCUGCGUUGCUACGUCUACCAAGCGAGGGAUCUGACUGCCAUGGAUAAAGACAGCUUUUCAGAUCCGUAUGCCAUCGUCUCUUUCCUACACCAGAGCCAAAAGACGGUGGUAGCAAAGAAUACAUUGAACCCCACCUGGGACCAGACGUUGAUCUUCUACGAAAUUGAGAUCUUUGGGAGUCCUCAGAACACAGCCGACUCUCCGCCCAACAUUGUGGUGGAAAUCUAUGACCACGACACCUAUGGCGCCGAUGAGUUCUUGGGCCGCUGCAUCUGCAAGCCCAGCAUGGACCACAUGCCCAAACUGUCCUGGCAUCCUGUCGUGAGGGGCAACCGGAAUGCAGGGGAGCUGCUGGCUGCAUUCGAACUCAUCCAGCGAGAGAAGUCUGAAGAUUCAGACCUGCCCUAUCCUCCACCCCAGAGAGAACCCAACAUCUACAUGGUCCCUCAAGGAAUCAAACCUGUUCUUCAACGUACAGCUAUUGAGAUAUUGGCCUGGGGGCUCCGUAACUUGAAGAGCUACCAGCUGGCCAGUGUCACUUCACCCAGUCUCCUGGUGGAGUGUGGCGGGCAAAUGGUCCAGUCGUGUGUUAUCAAGAACCUCAAGAAGAACCCCAACUUUGACAUCUCCGUUCUCUUCAUGGAAGUGCGCCUGCCAAGAGAGGAUCUGUACAGCCCUCCCAUCAUCGUCAAAAUCAUUGACAACAGACCGUUUGGCCGCAAGCCUGUGGUGGGCCAGUGCACCAUCCAAUCGCUGGCGGGAUUCUUUUGUGAUCCCUACAGGGAGGAGACGGUGUUUCCCGAAACACAAGCAGAUGACAUGAGCCUCACGCCUAGAGACGACGUUCUCAUUGAUAUUGACGACAAAGAGCCUCUCAUUCCAGUCCAGCCUGCAGACGGCAUGACCAGCGCAGCUUUCAUUAACAUGCAAACUUCUCGGGCCGAUCUCCAUGAAGAAGAAUUCAUCGACUGGUGGAGCAAGUUCUACGCUUCCACAGGCGAGCGAGAGAAAUGCGGCUCCUACCUGGAGAAGGGCUUUGACACCUUGAAGGUCUAUGAGACAGAAUUGGAGAACAUUGAAGACUUUGGGGGUCUCUCCGAUUUCUGCCACACCUUUACGCUGUUCCGUGGCAAGAGCCAGGAUGCCAAUGAAGACCCGACUGUCGUAGGGGAAUUCAAGGGCUCCUUCAAGAUUUACCCCCUCCCCGACGACCCCACGGUGCCAAUGCCUCCUCGCCAGUUCCACCAACUUCCAGCCAGAGGCCCCCAGGAGUGCCUCGUCCGUGUUUACAUCAUCCGUGCCUUUGAUCUGCAGCCCAAAGACUCCAAUGGAAAGUGUGACCCUUAUGUGAAGAUUUCCGUGGGGAAGAAAUCCAUCAAUGACCAGGAUCAUUAUAUCCCAUGCACACUGGAGCCAGUCUUCGGGAAGAUGUUUGAGCUGACCUGCACGUUGCCCUUGGAGAAGGAUCUGAAGAUCACUCUCUACGACUACGACCUCUUGUCCAAGGAUGAGAAGAUCGGGGAGACCACCAUUGACCUGGAGAAUCGGUUCCUCUCCAGAUUUGGGGCCCGCUGUGGUUUGCCCCAGACUUACUGCAAAUCUGGCCCGAACCAGUGGAGGGAUCAGCUGCGACCCUCUCAGCUGCUGCACUACUUCUCUUUGCAACGCAGCCACAAGCCUCCCGUUUACAAGCCUGACCGGAUCGCCUUUGGAGAUCAGAGCUACAGCCUCUCGGACUUCGAGGACGGCAAUCCCCCCAACUCGCACCUGGGGCCGGUGGAAGAGAGGCUGGCUUUGCACGUUCUGCAGGAGCAAGGCCUGGUGCCUGAGCACGUGGAGACGCGGCGGCUGUACAGUCCCCUGCAGCCGGACAUCGAGCAGGGAAAGCUUCAGAUGUGGGUGGACCUGUUCCCAAAAUCACUUGGAGCGCCUGGGCCACCGUUCAACGUGAGCCCGCGGAGAGCAAAGAGGUUCUACUUGCGCUGCAUUGUGUGGAAUGCAAGAGAUGUCAUCCUGGACGACCUCAGCAUCACCGGCGAGAAGAUGAGCGACAUCUACGUGAAAGGGUGGCUCACCGGUUACGAAGAGAACAAGCUGAAGACCGACGUGCAUUACAGGUCCAUGGGGGGCGAAGGGAACUUCAACUGGCGGUUUGUCUUCCCCUUUGACUACCUUCCGGCUGAGCAAGUCUGCUAUGUAGCUAAGAAGGAGCAUUUCUGGAGCCUGGACAAGACGGAGAACAAAGUUCCACCCCAACUGGUCCUUCAGAUCUGGGACAACGACAAGUUCUCUUUCGAUGACUACCUGGGCUCCAUCCAGCUGGAUCUCAACUGCAUGCCAAAGCCAGCCAAGACAGCUGAGAAAUGCACUCUGGACCUGCUCAACGGCGCGGAGAGGAUGGGUUCACUCUUCGAGCAGAAGACCGUGAAAGGCUGGUGGCCUUGUGUGGCGGAUAAGGACGAGGGGACAAGGAUUCUCGCAGGGAAGCUGGAGAUGACACUGGAGAUCAUCAGUGAACAAGAGCGUGAAGAAAGGCCAGCUGGGUUGGGCCGGGACGAACCAAACAUGAACCCCAAACUGGAAGACCCAAAGCGUCCAGAGACCUCCUUCCUGUGGUUUACUUCCCCGUACAAGACCCUGAAGUAUAUCCUGUGGAGAAGGUUCAAGUGGGUCUUCCUCAUCUUCCUCCUCAUCUUCAUUGCGUUGCUUUUCCUGGGGAUCUUCAUCUAUGCCUUCCCGAACUAUGCUGCUAUGAAGCUGGUGAAGCCCUUCAGCUGAAUCUCUGAUGUGGAAGACUGAGCAUCACCUGCGAAGAGUCAAGAGUACCUGCUGAGAUUGUGCCACACUCGGCCCUUUCCCAAAUGCGUGAUCCGUCCUCCGUUACGCUGUUGCAACAGCUCGGCCUCCUUGCGGAAACUGCACUCUUCUCAGGACCGGCGCCAUGAUUUUAAAACUGCCCCCCCUAGACCCCUGCAAAUGCUGCUCAGGCAACUCUGCUGAACUGUUAUACCAAAGCUGGACUUUCCUCUCCAUGGUCUUCUUUUCUUCACAGACCUUAGAGAAGCGAAAGACCUCCCUUUUGCCACCCCGGACUCUGUCGUGGGUCACUGUAGCACAUCGCUGGUUGAUUCUUGCCCAGGGAAGCAGGGCCUGGUGGGAAAUGGAACAGGCUUUGGAAUUUGGUCACCAGGACCCUCCCCGACCCCUAACCCACACGCUGCAAGCCUUCCUGACUGACAGAGGCGGACCUUCCUUUCUGCUUCCCUGCCCUUGGUAGAUCACCUCCUCAAUUUGUCUCUGGGUUUUGCCUUUGGGGGGAAUUCUUCUUAAAAUGUCGUUGGUCUUCUUCAGGGCUCAGCUUCCUCUGCAGGAUGCAGAACUCGCCUCUCCGGGUGAGCGGGUGACACAUCUUCUCUUUAGUACACGGGUCUAUCCGCGCAUGCACAUGAAACCUCUCAGAGCACCCCUGCAGUGAAGACGAUUCCAUUUCACGUACUGUGGCCGCUGAGGUCUGUUUUGGCCUUUUGACCAAAGGUGGUAA